AUGCCUAGUCUUAUCCUUGAGAAUGCUGUUCCAGCUUACACUCCACCCAAGGUCGUUGGCCCUGCAACCAAGCGAGCCACUCGGCCCACCAACAAGCUGCCUCAGUCGUUGAUUGAUGGUGCUAGGAUUGAGAAAAAGCAAUCUUUCGACCCGAAGAAGCACCUUGUCUUCCAGCCCCCCAAGAAGAUCUAUUCUAUGGAGGAGAUCGGCCUCGGCGGCCAUGGCAUCUCACCCAAUGCCGCCUCAGAGCCCUUUCCCCUUUUCAACGACGAGGCAAUCGACCAGAUACGUGCUGAAGUCUUCAGUGAUGCGGCGAUGGAGAACUGCCAGUACGCAUCGACCUUCAACAAGAACAUGAUCCGAGGCAUGGGCGCAGCCCGCGCUCCGUUCACCUACGAUAUCUGGAACUCACCUGAGGUUCUGGCCAAGAUUUCGCAAGUUGCUGGUAUAGAGCUGGUCCCCGCAAUCCAGUACGAGAUCGCCAACAUCAACGUCUCGAUCAACGAUCACAAGGGGCCUGCCCCGACCCAGCAGGACGCCGACGACGCGAAUCUCUCAGCGGUUGCGUGGCACUUUGACAGCUUCCCCUUUGUCUGCGUCACCAUGCUAUCCGACUGCACCGGCAUGGUCGGCGGCGAGACCGCCCUGCGACUACCCAGCGGGGACAUCAUGAAAGUCCGGGGACCAAGCAGGGGCUACGCCGUCGUCAUGCAGGGCCGCUACAUCGAGCACCAGGCUCUCAAGGCCCUCGGCGGCCAGGAGCGCAUCACCAUGGUCACCGCCUUCCGGCCUAAGUCUCCAUUCGUCACGGACGAGACGAUCCUCACGGGAAGCCGCCCCAUCAGCAACCUGUCCGAGCUGUACGGCCAGUACACCGAGUACAAGCUGCAGGUGCUCGAGGAGCGCAUCCGUGACCGGCUCAAGGCUGAGCACCGCCGCGAGUUGGAUGCACGUCCCUUUGACAUUCAGGGCACGCGGGCGUUCUUGAUGGAGCAGAAGCGGUACAUUGAGUCCAUGUUGGAGGAGGUUUACGAGAUUGAGGAUUAG